CUCAACAUUCAGCGACAAUAGCCCAUUCCUCUUUGUCCAAGGAUUUUCUAUUCUUCCAUAAUUCUUAAAACCCAAGCAAUGGCCAAAGGAGGCAAGCUAACCAAGCUCAAGUCAGUCCUCAAGAAACUCAACUCAUUCAAUAAGCAAAGCCGCCCCAGUGGGAGUUCCAUUGCCGCCACCGUGGACGACACAUCCUCCUCCCACUCGGGAGACCUUCACCCAGUUUACGUGGGAAAAUCUCGCAGACGCUACCUCAUAAGCUCGGACGUGAUCGACCAUCCGCUGUUUCGCGAGCUUGCAGAGAGGUCGAGCGAGUCUGAUACGAUCAGCAUAGCAUGCGAGGUGGUUUUGUUCGAACACUUGCUAUGGAUGUUGGAGAACGCUGAUCCACAGCCGGAGUCUCUAGACGAGCUGGUUGAGUUCUAUGCUUGCUGAUGAGGAUUACUACUAGCAGAUGACAAAUGCAGAGAUGCGAAUAACCCCUGCCUGCCCAUAUGUAGUUAUUCUUGAAGGUCAUCCACAUGAAUUAAUUAUGGUAAUUAAAUAGAUAUAUAAAAAGAGAGUUGUAAAUUUGAUUUAAUAAAAAUCUUGAUUAGCUGUGUAGAAAGAGAAGAAAGAUUUUAGAGAGAGUGAUCAUUGUUUGUGAUGAAGAUUUCUAAUUAUUUUGAAGCAGGGAGCAGCUGGUAAUUAUUUUUGAGAGAAGAAGGUGGUGAGGAUUACAUUAUAUUUAAUUUGUCUCUGUUCUUGAAUUGUUGUUUUCUUGAUCUUUUUCAAAUGUAUAAUGGUCUAGUUAUUCCUCUCAUAUUCACAAUAUCUCCUGAUUCUCUCUGGAAUUUAAUGUGUUGAUUUUGACAAGGGAUGGCUACUGCAGAUAUAUUGCAAUUAAAGGAAAUUAAAUGGGUCCAUUUAGUUAUAAAUUUGGUAUUUUUUACCGA